CACACACGCGACGACAGCGAGCAUACAGCACCAGGGCCUUGCACCGAUCGUCACCAACGGAGCCAACGCACAAACCUUCUUUCUCUGUACCUGCACCUUACGCACGCAGUGCUGUGUGACAUAGCGCGCACGAGACACACACUGCGCAUAGCACAUACAUGCUUCCGAGCUCCACGCGUUCAGUCGCACAUACGACAAAUUCACCGACGGCUGGCUGGAUCUUUCACUCCGCACGACCGACGCAGCUUCUGGCUCAAUACCCACAUCUCGCGACGAGAGGCCAACUUGCGCCGCUAACCCAAGAUAGGGCUUGGCCAUCCGGCGGGAUCCAGCAGCCGCAUCGAGCGGCAGUAGCAGCAUCGGGGUUUUUCGCACGCAGCGAGGCCGUGCCAACGUGCGGACACAUACAUACAGCUGGUUAGCCUGUUGAUCCUGGCGAGGAAUAUCGCAUGGCAAAGGAUUGUAGUUCGGCCGCCGGGGAGUGCUUGCAAGCUGCAGUGUCCGGCACCACUGCUAUGCCGCGUUCGGGGUCGAGCAGCGUCAUGACCCCCGUCCAGCACGCCGUGAAGGAUGGUUCUGGUUGCGACGUAUGCGUACAGCAGAGGCAGCACUCAGAUGAGACCGGGUGGGAAAUACCCGCGACCAAGCAGGCACGUUGGCUGAUGAAGCGCGCGCUUGAGUUCGGUGGCGCGUUGAGCGGUGUUGGCGGCGGCGGCAGCGAUGACGAGCCCGGCGGGUGUUACUGCUGCCACACCCCCUGCGGCGGUCAUUCGCACCCGCUGCCGAUGGCGGAGGUGGUUUCCACCAGGGUUGUCGUGGCAGAAGGCGAACGGAACGGCUUGGAGGUGUGCGGCGUAUUCUCCCACCUCGAACAACAGCAGCAGCAGCAGCAGCCGUCCGCGGACGAGACGACCAAGAAGGAAAACUUGUCGGCGCUCGUGGCGGGGAUCGGAGGCGGCGACAGAUGCAGCGGCAACACCAGAAAGGACAGCAGCAGCGGCGGCGGCGGCGGCGGCGGCUGGGUGCUGCUGGCGGACGCGGUGGGCGCGCCCACGUACGCGGCGACGAUGAUGCCGGUCGGCGACAAGGGCCUGCCCCCCGAAGCCCGCCCCCCGUGGGAGCUGGCCGCGGCCUUCAAGCUCGUGGAGUGCGAGAGCGUUCUGCCCUCCCCCCGGGGCGAAGCAGCAGCAGGAGCAGCAGCAGCAGCCGCCGCCACCGCCGCCGCCGCCGCCGCCGUCGUCGCCGCUGCCGAAUCGUCCCCUCGAACCUCUGGCCGCAAGAGGAAGACAUCCCCUGGCCGCCGUGGGCGCCGUAGGAGUUCGGCCGGCCUGCCCCGCUGAGCGCACGAGAGACGGCGCUUGAGCUGGAGCAAGCGAGGGACGUGUCUGAUUGGUGGGGGCGUGGUUGGGAUGUGAUGUCGUCAAUGGGGGAUCUAUCUAUCACAGGUGGUACGUGUGUUUUUUUUUUUUGUGUUUGGCGAAAGGUCAUGAUGCGGUGGUGCAGAGUGUCACACCCUUUUGGUCCUCCCCAUCGCGACGCGAACUAAUUUUUCCUCCCACGUUGGUGGUGCAUUGCGUGAUCUGCGAGACGUUGUGCAAGUUGGCCGAAGAACGGACCCGCGCUAAUAAUGCCGGGAGUGUUUGUCCGCGGAGAUGGGGGGGGUGGGGUACGAUUUACAACAUAUAGUCUAGAACGAAAAUCUUUGAGUUUUCUUGCGUUGUUCGCCCGGCCGUCGUUGCCCAAGGCGUUCCGCGCUCUGUGAUUUAGUUCGUGGUGGUCUCUUUUGCUUGACGUCGUUCUCUUGUUGUCGUUGUCGUUGUCGUCGUUGCCGUUGGUGCUGUUCGGUGGUGUUUGUUUAGAGGGCGCGGUGGGGGGGAGAGGGGUGUUGGUUGCGUCUUGCCUCUUCCUGUGCUCUUGUGCAUCGUUGUUCCCGUGUUGGCGUGCCGGCCCGCCAGCAACAGCGACGACACGUCGCUUGGUGUAGAUGGGGCCUCGCCCACGGAAAGAGAGAUAGACAUACACGUAGAUUUGCACAUAGAUUGACAACAACGUGCGUGUACACUGUUGUUUGUGCUCGGCUGCUGCUGUUGCUACGGGUGGUAAGUGGACAUUUUGUGCACGUAGAUUCACAACAACGUGCGUGUUUUUGCUCUGCCGCUGCUGCUGCUACGGGUGGUAAGUAGACAUUUUGUUCUAGCUCCUCACACCGCGCUGGCGGCGGUGUGGGUGUGCUGUGCGGUGGGGUGCGUAGAUAGUCGCUCGUUCGUGUGGUUUUUUGUUUUGAGUUUGGUGCGCGCCUUUCGUUCGUCUCGUCGCUCUGACUGCGGCCAGCCCAUCAUCACCCUCUUGACUCCUUGCGCUUCAGGUGCUACUGCUGUAUACCACGCAGGAGCGUUCCUCCAUGGUUCCUAUCCUUCGUUGGCGCAUGCGUGUUUGUGAUUAUUGUUUCCAUGUCUUACAAGUAACAAAGUGUGUGUCGGAGAGGGGGUCAGCUUUUUUCCCCGGUUUGGGUGGUUUCGAACAAACUGUGUGAAGCCCAACCCCGGGUGGCUUUGUUCGU